AAUUUCCAAAGUUGGAGAGGUACUGGGAUGGGGGUACCCGUCAGGCCUAGGUAAAAGCCAAAAUGGCGGACAGUGGGGGAUUGGAGUUCCAAGCUGUUAGGGAAAGACUAAAGUCUUGUGUAAACAAAGCUAAGGAUGAUAAUGACGAGACGGAAUUAGUUGCUGCUUUCCAAAGUACAGCUGGAAGUGAGCAGGAGAGAAAACUGGUAGUUGAUCAAGUUUUUAGAGAUCUUGUUAAAGAUUCAGUGCUCAAAGGGGGAGAUAUGGACAGAUGCAAAGUCUUGAUCAAGUUGGUUAUCAAGUCAGCUCUUCAAGGAUACUGUUCCCCCAACUUAGUGUUCAUUUUAUUAAGUGACAUUUUUGACUGCAUCACUCUGGAGAAUUGUGAUCCACUUUUCACAUUUGUAGAGGAAAAGGUUUCUACUUGGACUAUGCCAUUAUUCUUUUCUGCUGGAAAGAACCUUCUCCUUAGAAUGUGUAACGACUUGCUACGCCGCUUAUCAACUUCCCAGAACACAGUAUUUUGUGGAAGGAUUCAGCUGUUCCUGGCAAGGCUGUUUCCCCUUUCUGAAAAAUCAGGUCUGAAUUUAAUGAGUCAGUUUAAUUAUGAAAACACCACAACAUAUACAAAACAAACAACUGCUGAACUGAAGGACAAAGUUAUUGGAAGUGAAAUGGAAGUAGAUGGCCAGGAAGCUGGGGAAUUAACAACAAGUACUGUCCCAAUUGACUUCAACCUGUAUAAGAAAUUUUGGGCAUUACAAGAUUAUUUCCGUAAUCCCACUCAGUGUUACACCACUUUGGCCUGGAAAACAUUCACACAGUAUACAAAAGAAGUUCUAAAUGUGUUUAGAAGUGUCAAGUUGGAACAUGUUACAUGGAAAAAGAAAGCAAAGGAAUUUAAAGAUCUCCAGGGAAGUGACAGCAAAGAUCUGGCUCGCUAUUUUGCCAAGUUUCUUACUAACGAGAAGCUCCUUGAUCUUCAACUAAGUGACAGUAACUUCAGGAGAACUAUCCUUGUACAAAUGUUAAUAAUAUAUCAGUACCUUGCUGGUAAUGUCAAGUUUAAAAGCACAAACCAAGUCCUGAGUGAGUCUCAAUCCACGUGGAUCAAAGAUGCAACAUCUCAAGUAUAUGAAUUGUUGAGAGAAACACCACCUGAUGGCGAUAAAUUUGCGAAAACUGUUGAGCAUAUCCUAGAAAGAGAAGAAAACUGGAUAUCAUGGAAGAACGAAGGAUGUCCAAGUUUCAUUAAAGACAGAAGCCAAGAUGAAGUGGCACCCAAACCCACAAGAAAGCGUAAAGUCAGUCUUGGGGAAGAGAUGGCCUCAGGUUGGAAAUCCAAAAAAGUGCUCAUGGGAAGCAAUGAGUUGACUCGUCUUUGGAAUUUAUGCCCGGACAAUUUGGAGGCUUGCAAAGCCGAUAACAGAGUUUUUCUCCCAACUCUUGAGGAAUAUUUUUCGGAGGCCAUAGAGCAAGCUGAUCCAGCCGCUAUGGUGGAAGAGGAGUACAAGGUUACAAAAAACAGUAACUUUGGUUGGCGAGCAUUGCGUCUCCUCGCUCGUAGAAGCCAUCACUUUUUCCAGCCAAGCACCAACCCGUUCAAAACGCUUCCAGACUACCUUGAAAGUGUUGUACAACAACUUGCGCAAGAAUUACCGAACUUAAAGACUGAGGAAGGCAUCGUGGUUAAUGGAACCUCGGACUCAGCCGUGCCUAUCACGUGAUGGCACCAAAAGCAAGUCACUGGCUUGUGUCAAGUGAAGACAGCAUCACAUCCGCAAGAUAUUAUAUCCAUUUAAUUCUCUCUUAAUUGUAAUUAAAGCUGUUUGCAAGACCAGACAACAGUUUCAGUAACUUGACUUCACUAAUUUCGUCGACUGAAAUAUCCGCAUUGAUGUCGACGUAAGGGUAACGCAGUCUAACUCUGGGUGCCCUGUUUUACUGGAUGGAAGCGAGUUAGGGAGCUUGCAGGCUCUACCCUCAAGUCUUCCUUCCCAGGCCCUGACUGCUUUGUAAUCGUUCGCAUUUCCGCUUGUCUCCAAGGAUCGAGUUCCUUGCACGAUUUUGCGUCGUCAGAAUUCCUGUCUUUUUUCGACGCGUUCUCGUAUAAUCAUGUGUCUAAGGUUUCAAAAGCGGAAAGCGGAAAGCGGAACUUUUGUAUUAAAAUAUGCUGU